AUGUUACGGGUUUAUUGCCCCUUAAUUAUGGCGCUUUUAACGACUCUAACUGAUCAGGUGGGUGGUGGAACAUCAAGCAAUGAAUGCCCAUUCAAUUCAGUGGGCGCAACAUACUUUUCACAAUAUAAUGUCAUCACAACAGGAGAUUUUAGUAGUACAUCUGAUGUUGAAAAUCAAACAAUUGUGUGCGGUUCAUUAAAGAGUAAUCAAGCUAAUUAUUGUAUACAUAUUGAUCAAAAUAACUUUAAUGCAAAAAAUGCUUGUCUUGAAGUUAAUGGCGCUUUGCCAUCAGGUGGCGGUAGUCCAAAUGUUCUGGUGGGCAGUGUUAGUGUUGGUGCAAGCUCCGCACAUACAUUAAGAAAAAAAGGUACCACACAAUAUCAAAUAGAUCAAUUACAAUUUAAUUUAAAGGGUGGUAACCAAGGUGCAACAGCUUUUGUUGACAGUAACCUACCAUCGAAAUGUGCAGCAAUCACAUCCAGUCUACAAACUCUGUCGAAUUCAUUAUUUCAAAUAACACCAAAUAAUAAUGCCACAAUACCCGCAGAUCAACCUGGUCCAUUGAAUUUAAAUAUCAAUAAUGUCGACAGUAACAGUAUUGCUAUAUUUAAUUUAUCUGGUCCAUCUGUUCUAGCUAACAAUUAUGUACAGCAAAUUCAAAUAAAUAUAAACAAUGCAAAUUGUAAAUUUGUCUUAAUUAAUUUAUACGGUACAACUAUUAAUUUUAAUCACGGUAAUCUUGUUGGAUCAUGGAUAACAAAUUUGAAUGGGCGAGCUAAAACACUAUGGAAUUGUCCACAAGCAACAACAAUGAAUCUACAACAAAACUUACAAGGUGCUCUCUUAGCUCCAAACGCUGUUGUACAAGCAUCGUCAAACAUUGAUGGAGCAACAGCUGUAAAAUCAUUAACAACACAAUCUGAAUUACAUAACCCACCAAUUCAAUUUCCGUGCGGCGCUGCAGUAGAAAUCCAGUGGGGUGUUUAUGUAUCAGACAAUUGGGGCAACACAUUAUCCCCUUAUUGGCAAGCUCGAGGCGCAGCUUUUCUGUUGGGAAGUUCAUUUGCGUCGGGUCAAUGGAAUGCUCAUUCUUGGAUGGAUUUCCUUCCCGUUUCUGCAGCACCUUUGUCUUCGGGCUCAUGUGUCAAGGCUUAUCCUGAACUAUUCCGUCGUAUGUGUAAUGAUCCUGGAUCCGAUUGCAACAUGGUAUAUGCGCAUAAAUGUGUUGGAGCAUGGAAUCAUAUUCGAGAUCAGAUACAACAGAAUACCAGAUCGGCAAUGGAAUAUUGGGCAGUAGUUAACAAUCAAAGCUUACCCGUUUUCAAUACUUCUGAGAUGGUGGUGUACGACCGCUGCUCAGUGGACACCAUUCUUGAUCAUGAUGAGCAUGGGCAGCUCGCUUACAGCGCGUUACGAUGCAUCCCAGAAGCAGUGACAGUACUAUAUCAGGUGUAUGCGAAGGCGCGAACCACUGCCUUAUGCGAUGCUCUACGGCGAGCGCAAAUAACAUAUCUGAGUCGCGUUCGCCCUGAUAUAGUUGUGAUUCCUUCACCAGAUAUUGCCGGUAGUCUGAGUAAUAUUGGCAAUGGUUAUAAGAGCAAAGGCGUAUAUGAUCGUGCUUUGGACUAUUAUUCAAAAUGUCUCAAGGUGAGAGAAAAAUGUUUGCCAUCUGACCACCCAGAUAUUGCUAGUAGACUUAAUGAUAUUGGCAGUAUUUAUUACAGCAAAUGCGAGUAUGAUCGUGCUUUGGACUAUUAUUCAAUUCUCAAGAUUCAAGAAAGAUGUUUACCAUCUGGUCACUCAGAUAUUGCUACUAGCCUGAAAAAUAUUGGUCGGGCUUAUGACAACAAGGCGAGUAUGAUCGCGCAACAGAGUGUUUUGAAAAAUGAUCGAUGA